AUGGAAGCCUCUCCAGACUGGGCGAUCAACGUUUCGGCGGUCGUGGGCGGCGGCCAGAAGGACAAGAAGCGAAAGCUGGCCGAGCAGGCGAAGUCAAAAGGUAGAAAUUUCUUAAAGAGCCUCGUCACCGUGCUCACAAAUCUGAGCCUGUUCAAUGCGGCGGAACUUCAAGACCUAUGUGGAGUGGUGUUCGUCACGUUCCUAGUCGCGGCCGAGCAGGUCGCGGUGGCGGCGGCGAAGCAGGCGGGGGUGCUCUACAAUCAGGAGAUCCAGAAGAGGAAGGAGGCGGGCACCGAGACGGAGACGCUGGGGCCGCCGCUUGUCCACGACUGGACGGCCCUCAUCAAGGCCGUGGGCACGGACCCGCAGGCUGACAUCGGCGUGAAGCAGACCAUGGAGAAGUAUUGGGGCGAGGUAGUGCUGAAGGUGCAGGUGAUAGAGCUGGCCGAUCAAGUGCGACAUUGUCGGAUACGUACGACACGCAAGCAGGAGGCGAAGGGGGAGAAGCUGCGCUUGACCUUCGGAGUGGACCACCGCUACGGCGAGUUGGAGUCGGCGCUGAUCGCGUACUUCAGCAAAA